GACGCCAUGUCAGAUUUUUUGUGUUACUGCGUGAAUAGCAGAUCUGUAUUUAUUUAAAACAACAAUUCAUCGUGGUGAAAAUUUCUAGAAAUCAUUCAAGCUGGAUAGGCUACCAGAAUACCUGCGCGACACGGUGGACUGGUUUAUGGGGAAGGCGCGUCGUAAAGACCGGGAACUUUCAUCAUUGUGUCCAGACGAUCCAAAGCUCUACUUGGAGGAGGGGUUAUUAGAACGGAAACUUCCUGACAUCGACUUACAAGUGCUAUUGGAACUUCCCCCUGGCUUGGACUAUAACGAGUGGCUGGCUUCACAUACUUUAGCGUUUUUUGACCAUAUUAAUUUAAUAUAUGGCACAAUAUCAGAGUUUUGCACGAUGUCGGGAUGUCCUGAGAUGACAGGACCCGGCCUCCGGACAUAUCUAUGGUUUGACGAAAAGGGCAAGAAAACUCGAGUUGCUGCUCCACAGUAUAUUGACUAUGUGAUGACAUUCACCCAAAAAACUAUCAGUGAUGAAAGUAUAUUUCCAACAAAAUAUGCCAAUGAUUUUCCUAGUUCAUUUGAGUCGAUUGUUCGAAAAAUAUUACGACUCUUAUUUCAUGUGCUGGCUCACUUAUAUCACUGCCACUUCCGGGAGGUCGUGCUUUUAAACCUCCAUGCACAUCUUAAUUGUGUGUUUGCGCACCUCACCCUAUUUAAUGCUCGUUUCAAUCUAAUUGAUUCCAAGGAAACAGAAAUUUUGCAAGACUUGGUUGUUGCUUUAAAGCUGCAACCAGAGGGUGAUGUGUCGCAAACAGAAACCUCCCCUAACACUGGAGGUACCGGUAACACAGGGAACAGUGGUAGCUCAUCUUCUGCAGUUGCCGCUUCAACUCAGCCAACUGCGUCAACCACAGACAGCUGUGAAGCGUCAAAUACUACAGCAAAUUCAUCAACGUCAUCACAGUCAUCAGGGUCGACCGGUUUACCAUCAGCAUCAGUGCAGCGUCGCUCAAGUAGAUGUGAGGACAGUUUUUUACAUGAUGUUCCACUUCUAAAUGAACCGCUAUUGGGCAGACAAGAAACCGUAGCAGGCGUGUCUCACUAGUCUGACUGAGUGGUACCGGUACCUCAACAUGUUGUUAUUUGAUACAUACUUUAGCAUUAGUACUGACUCUCUUCUGAGGAUGUGUUAUUUUUUAUGUGAAGAAAACGGCUAUGGUCAUCAUACUGCAUCUGUCAAGUGUUUGGAGUUCAACAAACAUGAUUUGUUUUGUAGGUUCUGUUAAUAUUCAGUUUUGUAUGAGAUCAUCAAUCUCCCAGAUUUCAGAAAAUCACAUAUCAUUUCAUGUGAAAGAUUUGUUGGUUAUUGUUAUUCACACCCUCAGAGGAGAAUAGGAUAUUAACUCACUGUUAUUCUUCUGCUUUAUUGACUUAUGUUUAUCUUUAAAUCUUGUUCUUGUCUUUCAAUUUAUUUGGUUGUUAAAAGUACUGCAUUAUGCAGUUGUUAUAACAGUGAGUUGAGGUCCUUUUGUUAUUGCUUCUUUAGGGAACAUUUCACCAUUUGCUUUCUUGUUUUUCUCCUUGAUUGACACCAGUGUUUUAAACACUCUGAUGUAAAGAUGUUCAAAGAUAUUCAGACCUCUCUCCUGUGUAAUGGUUUGUGUUGAACUAUCAAUUGACUGUAACAAGGCUGUUGUGUACUGUUGUUGGCUGUUUACUGUUUGCAAGUGCUCUUAGAAUAUUGGCUAUCACCUUCUUCCACUGAAUCUAGUGGUUAAUGGUGAGUGUGUCAUUUGCCGCCAACUUCACUGGUCUCCAAUUUUAAAGAAACUCCCUAAACAACCUACAACUGACCAUGCCUCUCUUCAUUGAGACAGUCUCUUUUGAGUUUUCUACUUUGAUUGUGAUGUACGUAUUCGUUUUAUUGUCUUGACUAUCCUUCAAAUCCUGUGACUUUCAAUGUAGUCAAGCUUGAAAAAUUUGGACUCUGUGAAUGUUGUUUGGUUGAUCUCGCAGAUUAUAUAUACUUGUACCAUACUCUGAGGAAAUGUGAUUAUUGUGAUUGAAAGGUAAGUUGAAAUGUCUCCAAGCACCUUUGUUCCCUUUCACUAUAACAGUAAAGGAAAAGCUGAAUUUGUUUUAUUUUAUGUAGUGUAAGUUAAUUAGUGUAAGUUCUGAACUGUGAGUUAGUUGUUGGAUUACGUAAAUAGUAUAUGUGGGUGGUCAAACUUUUAUUUUCUUUCUGAACCAGAAGUUGUUUGGAUUGCUUCUUUUAAAGCUUAGCAUUUAAAUUAUUUCUUUAGAUUGCUCUGGCAAUUGCCAACAUAAAAUCACCGGUGCCGUUAAUGCCCUACCACCCUUUGAAUUAAUUGUUUACCAUGAAUAUUGACCUGAAAUGUAUCUUUUCAUUCAUGUGCUUAAACAAGUCAAUGGAAAUAAGCUACAUCAGCAAUGCCAGUGAUAAAUGUGAUGCAACUUCUGCAAACGAACUGAUUGGCUUUCGGCCUUGUUCAUAUUUCAUGCUCCCUGUCAUAAAAGUCUAAUUUUACUUCAAGUUUGACAACACAAAUCAAUGUGAUGUUAGCCACGUAAUGCUUUUUGACCUCUGUGGUACUGUAAAUCUUAUGUUUCCUUGUUAUCGGAGUCGACUGGCUUUACCCUCCCCAUUUUUAUUUUGAAAAGGUGUUUUGAAGAUUUUGUAAGUUUUUAUACAAUCUGGGGCGAUAAUGUAUACCUGCUUGGUGUUCGGGGUGGUACCUAACAAUAGAAAAGCUAAUAAGUCCUCCAGCUUUUUUAUUGUAUUUUUUUAAGGUUCCUCUACUGGUGAUAAAUUAUCAACAUUGAACAAAGCUGAUAUUUUCUUCUUUACUAUCUCAUGAUGGCUUUUAGGUAGUAUUAAAUAAUUAUUUUUUUUUAAAUUUAGAACAAAGCUUAUCUAUUAAAUAAACUUUCUCAUGUGCUGGUAAUGGGCACUAGUUAUCUGUUAACACAAAUCAUACAUAUUCAUACUAUUUAACAUGAAUAUGAUGUGUUUGUGGACCUAAAAUGGCAAAUGGUAAUGACACAACCUGAAUAAGAGUUAUCUUCAUCUCCAAGGUUAUGAUACUGCUACUGCUUGGUUUACCUAAAGACAGAAUUUUGCAGUUGUGUUGUUCAAUCUGAUAGUGUGGUGUAAACCAUAUUUUACAGUUUCUUGUGGAAAUAAUAUCCUAACUUUGUGUAUCAGGUUUGUGAUAAUUAUCAUUGUCUUUGUAGUGAUUAGAUACUGUAUGUAUCUUCUAUUUUACACAGAGUAAGAUACACCUUUUUGCACUGUUAAAUGCACCAUUUUGUUGUAUUUACCUAUUAGAAUCCCAUUAACUAAUUCUUUCUGCUAUCCUUUACUUUUGAGUUACCAUUUCUGAAAGUGAGGCAAUAUUGCUUUGGUUGUGGUGUAUACUGUGCAGCAAUGUGCAUUUCUAAAUUUAGCUCGUUGCACUCGACCUGUACCCUAUUAGGUGUUAUUUUAUUUGUACAUCUUGCUUUCCUUGUGCAAAAUGCAUGCAAAAUGCACCUGUGUCAAUUUCAAUAGUUUGAGGCUGUCAUGCAUUGUCAACAUUCUCAAAACAGCUGGGGUUAGAAAAGUCUAAUUAAUUUUUUUACUCAAAUACAACUAGUAGCUGUUAAUGUCUCAGCUUUUCAGUGUGACUAAACACUAAACUAAAAACUGAUCAGCAUGAAAGCUGCAUGUGUUCGGGUAUCAUGACUAUAGAUGCAUGCUUCUCUCAGAGUAGCAAUAUACCUAACUAAAUCUCUUAACCAACCACCCUCUAGGGGUCUUCAGCAAUGUUCUAUAAUUGAUAUGUUGCUGCACUUUAAGCCGCUAAAAGAGGAUAAUCUGUUAUUUUAUGGUCAGUCUAUUGUCCAGAUUUAAUUACGACUUUUCUGUAUUUACUGCAUCGACUUUAAUGUAGAGCAAUAUUUGAAAGAAAAAAAAAGUUUUAGUGCUGUCAUGAGAAUUCUUAAAAUUUCCCUCUUGUUUGUGCUUUGUAGUUAAUUUUAUAGAAAUUUCUUACUCUUGUUGUUAGCUGGUCUUUUCUCUGUAUUUGGUGUCUCUUUGUGCUUCAGUACAGGGCCAGCAUCAGGUUUGGAGAAAGCAGGCUGAUUAAUCCAACAGAUGCACCUACCCUAUAUACUUGUCUGCCUGAGCAGUAGAUAUGAGACAAGCAAACUCUCAACUGUAAAAUCUUUCAGCUUUGUAUCUUUUUGUUGGUACUGGUGGUGGAACCUACCUACCCUCUUCCCCUCCGUUAUUCAUUUGCUGUACUGGAUUCAGUAUUUUUAUUGCCGUGUUCUCUUUUUCUAAAUCCUCUCCAUCUUAUACUUAAUGGUAUUUAAUUUGCAUUUUUACAAUAGUUUACUAUUUUAAAUCAUUGUUUCUUUGCAUUUUCAUUUGCAAGAACUUAAAAGUGCUAAAUUUGAGGCUUGCACAUUUCUAAUAAGCCAGUAAAGUUCUCUUUUUUUUUCCUCUUUCCAAAAGAAUUGUAAUAGCCGACUUCUAGCGAGACUGAUUUGUAUUGUGAUUUGUGGUUGUUAAAAUAAUUCCAAAGGACCGUUUCCUUCGGUUCUGUUUGUUGAUGUUUACAAUUGUUUUCUCUUGUUUUUAUUUAAUGAGCUGUUUUCUUGGGUGGUGACCUAUGUAGUUCCUUGAUCAUAUUUCAUGUUGCCUAUUUCCCUCCAUUCUACUCGUUCUGCUUUAUGUACCUUUUUAUUAUUUUCACUGCCCUCAUUACUUUUCUUUGGUCAGCAUAGCUGUGUGCAACGUGAACUCUGUAUUGUUGUUGAGAUGCAUCCUGAGAAACACCAUCAAAAAUUGAAUCAAAUCUAGUUCUUUUCCAAAAAUCCCAGUAAUAUUUUUAGGAUUGUUUUCUUCCUGUUCAUUAUACGGUUAACAACCUUGUUGUCAGUGAAACUUGAAAGAUCUUUACUUUUCCAUUGCUUUACUGGACAGGAUUGGCGCCAACAUGAGAAGCUGUUUGUAGUACUACUACCUCAGCUUCUUUACUGGAAAGGUUUCAAUCCAAUAUUAAUAAGAAUUCCAGUAUUAUGGCAAAAUGCAUAAAUUAUGUUAUAAGUGGUUCUUUCCUAAACUUUUAUUCACAUUCAGAAGUUUUAACGCCAGAAGUGGAGUGUGAUUUGUAAGGGUAAUGUUGGAAUGUUUUAGCAGCCUGGAUGUACAGCACUAAGAUUGGAAUGCUCUCAUUAAAGUUAUCGGAGGAAGUUUUAAUGUUAAACAUUAAUUUAGGCUACAUAUACACUGUUGCACGUGUUAAAGGCUGUGGAUUUCUAUGCCUACUAGAAGGCUGUUAGUUAUGUAAUUAUGUUCUGAGAAUAAAGGAGCAGAAUUGUGACCCUUUAAUGCAGUGCGAACCAAGCAACUUUGUCUCCUGUUUAGGAGCAAGACAUUUUGUUUGUUGUAAAUUUACUAAUCAUAGUUUUGAUAUCACUCUGGAUGUUUUACAUCUUACGUUCUACCUAUGGAAUGCUGAGCCUAGUUAAUUACAGCAGCUUUUCUGAGAUCUGUUGAUUGAAAUUAUUUUUGAACUAAACAAAAAAACUCAUAUUUUCAGUGAAAUCGUUAGUGCAGUAAAGGGUUAAGUCUGUUGCCGCGGAAGGAUCUAAGUCAUAGUGUAUCUGUCGCUUUUGUAGUAUUUUACAACUUUGUUUACUCUUCUUUUCCAAGUGUACUUGAUACUUCAUUUGUCACUAGAUGAAAGUGUUAGCAUUUGGGGUUUUGUUUUUAACUGUGUUGUUGUUUCUGUUUAUUCCUAGAAAUGUACUAUUUCUCACCAUUACUUUGUUUUUAAAAUGAUGAUCAAUGUCCUAUGAAGAAAAAAUCUAUGGCAUGUUUAAAACUGUGUACCAUAUCUCAUUUGUUACAAGUUAAAUUCUACUGAAUUUUCCUGGAGGUUGACAAGAUAUAUAAGUACUUAAUUUGAGUAGAAAUUCGUAACACUUAGUUAGCAUUCGUUGUUCAGCAGACACUGCCUUCCUUGUGGUCUGACACUGCUGACUUGAUGUGAAAUCUAUGGUCAUUAACUGGUAGUCAACUACAGAAGUUCUAAAACCAAACUUUUUUGUACAGGCUACAUAUUGUAGUGAGAUCAAGCUAGUAUUGAAUUGAAGUUGUAAGGCUGGAAAUGUUUGAAAGAAAUUAUAACAAAAGAAAGGUAUUGCCUCUAGAGCAGUUUUCUGUGUUUUCCUAUUUUGAUUUUGAGGGACCAUGGAGUUAAAAACUACAUCAACACGUACUAUGGAAUUAGUACUACUAAUUUUAAAUUCCAGUUUGUUGGGUCACUUGUUCUUUAGUAGCAGUGACUACGGUUACAGUAGUAGGCCUUUAACUGCCUUUUGGUUUUAGUGCCUUAGUGGAUUCGGACGUGUAUGUACCCUUGUACUUUGUUGUACAUAAGGAGACAAUGUACAUAUUGUAAACCACCUGCUUUACUGCCUGAUACAUAAAAGUUUUGCAGGAGUGCUUCCAGUCCCAUAAUUAAUACACACAUGAAGGAGAACUUAUGACCAGACAAUAUUUUUUCUACAAAUCUAUAAAAUUUGAUCAUGCCUUGAGUUGUAAACUAUGAUCAGAUGUUGGGUCAAUUCCGCAUAAAUUAUUUGUAUGAUUAAGCAGAGCAAUUCUAGAUAUGCAUGUUAAAAUAAUUAGCAUCUUAACAACGUAUAGAUAUGUGAUUCAUGUUGAUUGGAGCUCAUUGAUGACACAUUUGAAUUAAAUGACCAUAGAUUGAACUGUAUUAAGUGGAUAUUUCCUGAUAAAUAAAUUUGACCUCAGUAAGUAAUUAUGUUUACCUAAUCCGUUGGUUUGUUCUAUGACAUUUAUCCAUAGAAGCUCUUUUGUUCUACCUUUUGACUCGUCUGGUCAGACUAAGUGUUCUCAAUUAUGUGGACAACAAACCUUAAGCCCCAUCGGUCUACAUCAACAAUUAUAAUCAGCUUCAUUUGUCAUUUUAUCUUCAAUUCUCUACAGUGAGAAAUCAUUUUUUCUUCUUCUAAAUUCAUGGUCACUUUUGUGAUUACGUGUUUUUGGCCUGAAGGCUCAUCAUGAGUACUGCUGAUAACGAUUUUAGAAAAUAAUUGUAUGUGAAACAAAAUAGUGAAACUAGUAAUUGAGCAUGUUGUGUGGGAGUAAAGAAAAUGAUCAUAUAAUUAGUUUUUAAAUAUGGAGGAAGUAUUUUUAUUUUUGUUGGUGAUUGAUGAGAGGAGUGGUGGGAGUGGUAUUUUACUACACAUCUGCAAUGCUCCGCUCCACUGCUUCUGAUAGUGUACAUUUGUUCUGUAUAGCUGAGAGAAGUAAGAAAUAAAAUGUGUUAACUUAA